GGGGGGGGGGUCGCCACCACUUGACGACGCCAUAGACAUAGACAGGCGAGACAACAUGGCUGACACUCAGAAGAAAAUGAUUCUUGUGACCGGUGGGUCUGGGCUUGUGGGACACGGGAUUCGGCUGGCGGCUGAGGCGGAGCCGCACGAGGACGAGGAGUUUUACUUUGCAACGUCCAAGGACGCGGAUCUGCGGGACCUGGAGCAGACGCGUGCGCUGUUUGCCAAGGUCAAGCCGACGCAUGUGAUCCAUCUCGCGGCGCGGGUUGGCGGUCUCUUUGCCAACAUGAACUACAAGGUCGAGUUUCUCCGCGAGAACCUGCUGAUCAACGACUGCGUCCUGCAGGCGGCGCACGAGGCCGGCAUCGACAAGGUUGUCUCGUGCCUCUCGACGUGCAUCUUCCCUGACAAGACGACGUACCCGAUCGAUGAGACGAUGGUGCACAAUGGGCCGCCGCAUCGGUCGAACGAGGGCUACGCGCUUGCUAAGCGGCUCAUCGACACGGCGAACCGGUGCUACAACGAGCAGCACGGCCGUCACUUUACCUCGGUCAUCCCCACCAACGUCUUUGGACCGCACGACAACUACAAUCUGCAGAACGGGCAUGUGCUCCCGGCCCUCAUCCACCGGGCUUACAACUGCAAGCAGUCUGGCGAGGACUUUGUCAUCUGGGGCACCGGCUCGCCGCUCCGCCAGUUUAUUUACUCAAAGGACCUCGGCAAGCUCUUCCUCUGGGUCCUCCGUGAAUACCACGAGUCGGACCCCAUCAUCCUCUCGGUCGGCGAGGAGGACGAGGUCUCCAUCAAGCAGGCCGCCGAGACCGUGCUCAGCGCCAUCGGCUUUGAGGGCAACGUCGUCCAGGACACCACCAAGGCCGACGGCCAGUUCAAGAAGACCGCCUCCAACGCCAAGCUCUGCGCCCUCAACCCAGACUUUGAGUUCACUCCCUUUGAGCAGGCCAUCCAGGAGUCUGUUGACUGGUUUGUGGCCAACUACGAAACUGCCCGCAAGUAAAACCUCUCGCCCCCCCCCCC